CUAUAAUGUGAGUAUACAGAUAAAUAAAUGGACAUACCUUUGUCGAUUACCUGUUUAUGACUAAUACACUGAUACGAUCAUUUACUUCCUUUCGUGGAUUGAAUGGGAUAUUGAAGCGUACGUUUAAAGUCUCGUGAAAUAAAGUUUAUUAUAUAGAACAAAAUGGCAUUUAAUGUCGAUUCAUCUCUUCACAAGGCGUCGGAUCCAAUACAUGAAUACACAUGUUCUCCAUGUGAAGAUGACGGACUUAACUCUGAGGCUCAGAACUUUUGUGUGGACUGUUUAAAGUACUACUGCUCUCGGUGCGAGUCCAAACAUGGCGGCCUGUUUAAGCGGCACAAAGUACUUGAUCGGAAGGACGUAAAGAAAUGGGCGGCGGUGCCUGGGACGGUUGUGGACGAUCUGGAAAGAUGCGAGCACCAUCCUGGAAAAGCUGUGGAGCUGUUCUGCGGAGACCACCAAAAGCUAUGUUGUCAUAUAUGCGUCUCCGUUGUUCACAGACAAUGUUCGUUGAUACAACAUAUACCAGACGUAGCAAAAGGUAUUGAUGACAAACCAGAAUUCAAACGGCUUCCACAACAAAUCGCCGACAUCCAAUUACAAAUCAAGAAGCUACAGGAGUCCCGCGAGAAAAAUCAACAAUGCAUACGGGACUCCCGUGCACAAAUCCUAUUAGAGAUCAGAGCUUUGCGUAGGAAGAUCGACCAAGCCCUUGAUCAGUUGGAGCAAAACACAAUCAAAGAGCUGGACGUUAUGGUAGCAACAUUUGAGGAGCAAAUGAAGAAAGACAUUGCACAGUCAGCACAGUUGAGUAAAGACAUAAAAUCACUUGCAGAUAGCAUGGCAAAGACUAAGACGAACAAUUCCUUGGCCUACGUAGGAUAUUCUCGAUGCCAGGAAUUAAUUACAGAAACCAAAGCUAUUCUCGAAGACAACACAAGCAAACAAGAAGUAGAGUUGGCGUUUGUGCUACAUACAGGGCUAAACCACAUUAUUAAUUCGUUAAUGUCUUUGGAACGGUUUGGGGAGAUUACUAAUACGUCCCAUGUUUUCAAUGUUGAAAAUGUGAAACAAUUCAAUGCAGCACUUACAAUUGACAAAAGAAUCUCGAACAUAAGUGGAAUAUGUGAACUAUUAAGUGGAGAGCUCGUUCUUGUUGACAAUUACAAUUGCCGUAUAAAGCUCCUGAACCAGUCCUAUCAGAUUGUCGAUCACUGCGACGUUCCAACUCAUCCACAAAAUGCAUGCCAUAUUGCGGGCAAUGAGCUGGCGGUUUCUGUCAACUUCAAUGAUAAGAAUAGACAUGAGGUUCGCUUCUUCAACGUUAGGGAUUCAAAGCUACAACAGACAAGACAAUUAACGUGCUGUCACAGAGUACAAAACAUAGCCCAUCAUUCAGGGCGUCUGUACAUCGCAUCGGGCACUGCGCUUUACGCUUACGACAAGGCAGGCAAUCAGGGGAGAAAGUUGUUUGAGGACGAGUCGGAUACAUACACCGUUUACGAUUGUGCUGUAAGCUCUGAUGGCAGUAAAAUUUACUACACAAAUUACUCCAAAGAUCAACUUCUUACCUUGGAUAGUGCCUAUCAGAUUGUCGAUCACUGCGACGUUCCAACUAGUCCACAAAAUGCAUGCCCUAUUACAGGCAAUGAGCUAGCGGUUUCUGUCAACUGUAAUAAUGAGAAAAGACAUGAGGUUCGCUUCUUCAACGUUAGGGAUUCAAAGCUACAACAAACAAGACAGCUAAUGUUCAGUCACAGAGUACUAAACAUAGCUCAUCAUUCAAGGCGUCUGUACAUCGCAUCGGGCACUGCGCUUUACACUUACGACAAGGCAGGCAAUGGUAGGAGAAAGUUGUUUGAGGACGAGUCGGAUACACACACCGUUGAAUUUUGUGCUGUAAGCUCUGAUGGCAGUAAAAUUUACAUCGCAAAUUACUGCAACGACCAACUUCUUACCUUGGAUAGUGCAGGAAAUAAACUAGCAAAGCUCAGCGAUCCCGAUAUGAAAUGUCCAACCGCUGUACACGUGUCGCCCCUAGGUCACGUGUUUGUCUGCGCUUUUGACUCAAACACCGUACUUCAAGUGGACAGGGAAGGAAAGAGGAAGUUGGCUACACUAGCCACACAGUCUAAUGGAUUGGUGAAACCAAACUCACUGUAUUACAGAAGCUCAACAUCCAGUCUUGUUGUAGGACAAUAUGAAAAUAACAACGUUGUUGUGUUGAAGGUGAAUUCAUGAAUUACAAAAACGCUCAUCAAAAGACUUGUACACUCGAUAAUAAACCUACUCCUAUGAAAAUUAGAUUUUGCGUGAGUGUGAGAACUUGUUAAUAAUAAUGUAUGUCUACAAUGUGUGAUUAAUUGCUGAGUCGUAUCACAUUACAUAGAAAUUAUACAUCUUUCAGAAAAAUUAUCAUAUCUUUGAUUGGUUGUAAAUAAUUAACUUAUAAAUCAUUAUUUUGAAUAAUCAUGAUUGCCAAAUGUACAUUAUCACAUAUUGUUUUAAUACUAUAUAUAUAUAUUAUUCAGCUUCAGAUGAAUAUUUAGCUGAAAACAUCAAUUCUAUUGCAUUUUUAUUUUGUGUACUUGUCCAGCCUCUGUUUUAUUCUACCGAUUCACCUGAUUCAAUUCAAUAAUUGCUUAUAACUCAUUGGUGAAAAUAUAAUUUCGAAUAUGUAUUGUUCGAUAAAAAUUUAAUGGACCUUUCAAAAUAUAACUGAGUAUAAAGAAUGCGGAAUCUCGAUUUCCUGUGUGAUAUGCAAAUUAAGUUAACAGAAUAUAUGAAAUAGGAUAAUUUGACAUAUAUGAUUAUCUUAAAGAUGUACUUUUACAGAUUAACUGUUUGACCAAGAAAGUGCUUUCUGUCUCCGAAUCAGCCUUUUCAUGUAAAACGGCCUUCUUUUCAGUUAUAUAAGAUAACUCACGAUAUAACAGAUUUCAAUAUUUGGAAAACUGCCGAAAAUAUCAUUAUUAUUAAAACGUGAGUAACACUUUUAGCUACAAAGCAUAAAUGUUCGAAUAUGAAUAUGAAUAACAGCGAUCUAAUCUUUUGUCUGCAGUCUUUAGUACUGCUUUCUAAACAUUACCGCAGAAAUUGCCUCAUUCAAAGACAAAACAGUAUUGAUGAAAAGGUUUUCAAAAAUGCCAAUCCGUGAGAGUGCAGCUUUAACAGAACAGAACAGAACAGAACAUAAUUUAUUACAAGCAAACUAUACAGUUUUUGUGUUUCAUAUACAUAUUAAAUAUAUUACAAUUAUACAAUGCAGUGUGAAAUAUUAAAUAAAUAUUAUAAUCAAUCUAUGUUUAAGAAUGAACUGGAAUUGUAAAUCACAAAUCUAUCAAACUAUAAUAGUGUACAGAACAGAAUAGAACAUAUUUUAUUACACGUAAAUUUUACAGUUUUUUUGUGUGUUAUGAUUUUAUGUGAAUAUAUCAACAUUGCAACUAAACUAUGCAGAUAGCGACUAGUAUUAUUGGCAUAUAAAGGAUGAACUGAAAAAAUAAUUAUACAAUAAAUAAAUGCAGUUAUCAAAGUUAGUACAAGAAUAUUAUUUGACUUGCGUAUAUGUAUGCAUGUAGGAACAAUUAUUAUCAAUAUAUAAAUGAAUACAUGACAAAUAUAGAAUUAAAUAUCAUAAUUAAUACUAAUAUUAUAUAGUAUAAUUGUUUUAUGGUAUUGAUAUUAUUGUUGCAUGCGAGGUCUUCUAGUUUAAUUCCAGUAACCAAGAUAAUGAACCAAGAUAAUGAAGUUGAAAUUUGAUGACUCCAUAGACAAGGUUACAUAAUUUAUUACUACUACUGCUACUGCUACUGUUACUGCUACUGCUACUGCUGUUGUUGCUGCUGCUGCUACUACUUAUACUACUAGUACUAUUACUGCUUCUGCUACUAUUGCUGCUGCUGAUGAUGCUACUACUACUACUACUACUACUACUACUACUUCUACUACUACUACUACUACUACUACUACUACUACUAUGUUGAUGAAAUAUAAUUAUUACAACUUUUCGUUUGCAAGUACAGCUGAAAUAACUGUCACAAACAAUAUUCAUUUGACAUAUACAGUUCAAUUAGCAGAAAGGCACAACGACAUUGACCUGUCGUUGUUUUAUUGUUAACCUUUCAUUUGAAGUUUCACACCAUAAACGUUCAUAUUUGAGCGUCCACGUAAAUAACGUUUUGA